GCUGUUGCAAAUUGCAGGCGCGUGUUGGCCCCUGAGUUGCCCUUCUUUGACCAGUCAGAUAUGCAACACGUGGUGUAAUGCACUGUUUGCGCAAUUUCGACUCAAUAUUGUUAUGCCACGAAAUUUGACGACGACAGGAACCAUAUGGUGUGGUAGGGAGACAAAUUUUCCACUUGUCAGUCUAAAAAGCAACGACCUGCCGAUUUUCAUGACUUUGCGUCGAACAACCCUUCGGCACCGAGCUCGCAUAGCCCUCACCUCUUGAUAGCAUGGUGAAGCGCGUCGUUGCCAGCCUCUAUCUCAUCUUGCUUGGAACAGCGGCUAUUGCAGGGCGCAAAGACCAAGACCAUUCCGACUGCCAACAGCUUCUUGUGAGGAACGUUCACCUCGUUCACGUCGAUCAAUCUGGGAAUGACGAAAUUGCCUGUGCAAGGGGCCUUCUAUGCAGAGGCAAAGGCCAUGAAAAGGCUUAUGCUAGGACGCCCAUCAUCCCCUUAUGGGACAGGGUCACGAAGCACACAGAAGUUUGCCUGGCAAAUGACGGAGCCUGCGCGUUGUACACAAACUUCACUUUAGGAUACAUGGCCAGCAUCUAUGGCUGCAUGUGCCAAGAGUUUGUUCUGCUGCCAAGAGUGUACAAGACCAAGAUUUAUGAUUGGAACGACAUCUUACAGGACUGCCCACUUGUUAACAUCACUCAACGAUUCCAAGAACGCGGCUUGCCUAAGCCAGAGGUUUACAGGGAUCAUGUGAGCUGUUACGCCCCACCUGACAACGACAACGAGACAUGCACUUGCAAUCACCUUGAAGGUGGUGUCCCAACUACUGUUCAUGGCAACCCAUGCUCAAACAUUUGGAACAUUGUCUAACCGUUGUGAAACAACGAGAUUCGUCCUUUAGUCAUCUGCAUUCAUAUCAAAGUCAAGACUUUAAACUUCUGUCACAGCAUGCCUAUGUGUGCAGAAGUAUGUUCAAUCUGACUCGAGCGAGUCGGUCGGUCAAUCGUAUAAGACUAUCAAGGGAGUGAUGAUCAGUGGCUAAACAUCUAAGAGCAUCAAAGCAAACCAUCAUGCGAUGAACGAGAUCC